AUGCUCAACAUCAACGGGCACCGCGACCUCGAACAAGCCGAACAGUCGAUCGAAGACAAGGACAAGACGCGCCAAAUCGACGACCUCAAGCAUUUCAAGAGCGUGCUCGACGACCCGCCUAUGGCCGUCGCGCGAAGAAGCGCCAGGCGACCGCGACGUACCCGCCACAAGAAGGCCGAGGACGACGCGAACGAAGAGCGCGGGAUCUUCGGCGACGCUCUCGCGAAGCUGAUGGCCUUUUAG